AUGUUACCUGUACAGGAACUUGUCAGUUUUGGUGGUCUUCCCAAAGUGAUGAUACUAACUGAGGAGUUAAUUACUGAAAAAAAUCAGACCAGUAUUACUGAAUUCGUUCUUAUUGGGUUUUCAAAUCACCCCAAGCUGCAGAUACCCCUCUUCAUCAUCUUCCUUUUCAUUUACACCAUAACUCUGACUGGAAAUAUACUCAUCAUUCUUGUCACAACAAUGGAUCCUGCCCUUCAGAAUCCCAUGUACUUCUUUCUCCGAAACCUUUCCUCCUUAGAGAUCUGUUUCAAUUUGGUCAUUGUCCCAAAGAUGCUAACUAAUUUCCUGAUUGAGAAAAAAAAUAUCUCCUAUGCUGGCUGCGCCACACAAAUGUAUUUCUUCUUUUUCUUCGGUGCAGCUGAAUGCUGCCUUCUUGCCGCAAUGGCAUAUGACCGCUAUGUUGCCAUCUGCAACCCAUUGCGCUAUUUGGAUAUCAUGAACAGAAGAGCUUGCUUCCAACUAGCUGCUGCAUCAUGGUUCUCAGGUUUCCCUGUCUCUAUUGUGCAGACCACAUGGAUAUUUAGCCUGCCAUUUUGUGGGCCUAACACAGUCAAUCAUUUUUUCUGUGACAGUCCCCCCGUGUUAGAAUUAGCAUGUGCUGAUACCCACAUGUUUGAAAUCGAAGCUCUCUCAGCCACCGUGCUCUUCAUCAUGUUCCCCUUCCUCUUGAUUCUCCUCACUUAUGUUCGCAUCAUCGUGGCAAUCUUGAGAAUACCUUCUGCUGAAGGAAGGCAUAAAGCCUUCUCCACAUGCUCUUCACACCUUGUGGUGGUCACACUGUUUUAUGGCACAGCCACAUCUACCUACUUCAGACCAAAAUCCAAUUAUUCACCAGACACAAAGAAGAUCCUCUCCCUCUCCUACACAAUCAUCACCCCAAUGUUAAAUCCCAUCAUCUACAGCCUGAGAAACAAGGAGUACAAAUCUUUGCUCUGUAAGACAAUAAAAAAACAUUUUGGAGCAAUGACAACUUACUGUUUAGUAAUUGUUUCUGAAGAAGCUGAGAUGAUUAAACAAGAUAUAGACAAAACAACUCCUUUGGAACUCCUUUGGAAAAAUAGACUUGGAAAUUGGAAAGUGGGUUGUUAAUUAUCUGACAUGUUGUCAAUUAGUCAAUUUGUCUUGUAUAGACUAGUUCAGGUGUGUGCACUUUACCAAUGUACAUAUGUUCCUUCAUACCUGGAGGUAUGAAUGAGACCCAUU